GUAUUUUUGCCAAACGCAGAUUCCCUCGAAGAAAAGCAAAACGCAGAAUCGUCUUCAAUCUCCUGCGUUAUUUUGCAUCGCCGUAGUAGAAUUUCGGGAUUUUUCCAAAUGUUAUUUCUAAGCGCCAGGGGCCCGUCGUAACCUCCGUUUAAAUCGUGAGCGCGGACUACAGAGGGCCUUGACAAAGAUCAGACGAUGGCCACGCCGAGCAAGACGCCCCCCGGAGCUGACCCAAAGCAGCUCGAGCGGACUGGUACCGUCCGAGAAAUCGGCUCACAGGCGGUGUGGUCGCUGUCCUCCUGCAAACCGGGAUUCGGCGUGGACCAGCUGAGGGACGACAACCUGGAAACGUACUGGCAGUCGGACGGAUCCCAACCGCAUCUGGUCAACAUCCAGUUUAGAAGGAGGACCACGGUGAAGAUGUUGUGCAUCUACGCUGAUUACAAGUCGGAUGAAAGCUACACGCCUAGCAAGAUUUCCGUCAGAGUGGGGAACAAUUUCCAUGACCUGCAUGAAGUCAGGUUGGAGAUGGUGGAGCCCAGCGGCUGGAUUCACGUGUCACUUCUGAACCAGCGGAGCAACGAGCCCGUCCGGACCUUCAUGAUCCAGAUCGCCGUGCUGGCCAACCACCAGAACGGCCGGGACACGCACAUGCGGCAGAUCAAAGUGUACACACCGGUGCAGGAGAGCUCCGUGGGCAAGUUCCCACCGUGCACCACUGUCGACUUCAUGAUGUACCGAACCAUCAGGUGAUAGGCGGGCGCACCUUUUGCUCUCGUGUUUUUUUUUGUUGUAAUUUGUAUUUUUUUUUUACCAGAGCCCCUUUUGUCGAUACCCAAAUAAAUCUCUUCUUAACCUCG